GUGGAAUCGGCUAACUUGAUAGUUGAUUGUUGAUAAUCAAAAACGAUACUUUUGCUCCAUGUAAGGUGAUUAUCAAAUCGACAAUCGUUUUUUCCCUUGUAUUUCAAGUGACAGCUAUUUAGGUAUCGUUUUCAUUAAUUUUUUGUGAGUAAAAUCGUUGGUUUCGAUUCCAUUUUUAAAGUAAAUAAAUUGUGUGUAAAAUAUUGUUAAAUAAAAGCAAGUACAUAUGUAAAUAAGAGAACCGGAAUGUUUACUUCAAUUAGAAUAUUUAAUAACGCGAAUAGGAGAAAUGAAGGACACAAUUAUGAGCCUGUUCGAUAGCUCAGAACUUCUUUACGAAAUAAAGCAAAUAUUCUGGAACUUCCUGACCCAAUAUUCUUAAAAAAUUUUCGUCUAUCAAAAGAAGCCUUCAUGAUUGUUUUGAGGUUACUCGACUUGCCGUCUGGAUUAAGGUCGACAUAUAUUCCACCUAUGCUUCAACUAGCUGCAACUUUGAACAUUCUUGGUGGUGGUGCAUACCAGAGACAAGUUGGUUCCGAUUGGGCUGCUCCGAUGGGACAAAGUACAAUUGCCGAAAUUACUUCUAAGGUUAUUAAAAGAAUGCAGUCAGUGCUUUGCCCGCUCAUGAUAAAGUUUGUGCCCAUGGAGUCAACAAAGGAAUUUUUUUUUGAAAAAUAUAGAAUCCCUGGAGUAAUAGGUUGCAUUGAUGGAAGUCAUAUAAUGAUUCUCCGGCCAACAGAAAACGAAAAUAUGUUUUUUAACCGUAAAGGAAGACAUAGCCUUAAUGCCAUGAUUAUCUGCGACGAAAAAACAAAGAUCAUGGCUAUUAAUGCAAGAUAUGGUGGUAGUGCACAUGACAGUUUUGUGUGGCGCCAAAGUGAAGAAAGGGUGGCAUUGGAAAGAGAGCACUUAUCAAAUAGCACAUCAUCAUGGCUGCUAGGAGACAGUGGCUAUCCCCUAGAACCUUUCCUUUUGACACCCUACAGAAACGCUAGUGAAAAUUCUCCAGAAAUGAAUUUCAACUCAGUUCAUUCUCAAGCCAGAUGCAUCGUAGAACGAUGUAUUGGUCGCUUAAAAAGUCGAUGGCGCAUCAUCUUAGAAGAAAGAAAAUGCAGAUACAAACCUAUAAGAGUUGUGGAAAUAGCAAACGUAUGUGCUGCAUUGCACAAUAUAUGUUGUACCCACAAUGUGCCCCAUCCUGAAGUUAAUAUACCUAAUACUUCUCGAAACCAUGGAUUUGAAAUUCCACCAACAGGAGAAAGUUUUUCCAGAGAGGCUAAAAGAAUUCGUGAUGCUAUAAGAGACGAUUUGUACGUAAUGUAGGUAAUAUUAUUUCAUUCUCAAAAUAAAUAUA